CGUGCAAGAAAGCUACAGAGUCCGUCCAACAAGCUUCUAGCAUGGGGAUUUUGGUAGUCAGCUACGACUGGCUCGAAGAUUGCUUGCAAAAGAAGAGGAAGCUAAGCGAAAAGAAGUACACAUUAGAUACUUUGAGGAGGGAGAGGAAGAAGUGGAAGGAGGUCAAAAGGAUAGGUGCAUUGUCCGACGGUAAGAAGUUCAAGGAUGGGUGUAAGAUGGCGAGAGAGCUCACGGGUUCAGGUACGUCGAAGAUUGCUGCAGUUACACGCAAGCCUAAGAAGUCUACGAGUGUCUUCUUCACCGCAUCACCUAUCCCUGCUACACGUUUCAUGUCAGCUACCGAGGACUUGGAACGUAGGCGAGCAGAGAGGGAGACGGCUCAAGCGGUAGAGACUGGAGGGUCGGGGUGUCAGGCUCAAGUUCAACUUGAAGCUCUAAUCGAGAUUGAGGAUGAGUGUGUGAGCCAAACCACGCCAUCCUCAAGCUCUUUCCCCUCCACAUCCGGAGCUCUCUCUACGUCAGCCUCCAGAAAGACCAAGUCACCCCUUUCUCCCUUCAAAACAGCAGUCGUAAAGCCCGCUCCCACUGCCGAACUUCAAGCUAAGACUCCACACUUCAAAGAUCUUUACCACUACUACCUCGACACCACGGGCUUCGAGUACAAGAUUGUCCUUGCACGCAGCGACUUCUCUACUAACAGCUUCGCUCGAUACCACAUCGGCUUGCUGGAGAGCCACACGAAGCCGCCUACGUAUUGCACAGUCGUUCAGUAUACGCCACCAGCUAAGAGGAGCCCAGAGUCUAGCCUAUCGGCUAUUCCGCGAGUAGGAUUGAGGAACCCUUUGCUACGCUUUCUCAACCAUAGCGAGGAUGCUAUAGCGCAACGGCAACCAGCCAACAAGAAUGGUAAUGGUCAUGUUAAGGGGCAGACGGCCCAGGACGCUCAAGACUCUGAAGCAACGCGUCUUCGGUCUCUAAUCACAAAGCCAGCACCCGUAUCAGAGACGCCGUACAAAGCCUUGAUCUGCCCCAUGAAUAGCGAUUACACCUCCGCAUGGCGCGCCUUCCGUCACGCCUUCCGCGACCUUACUCUCCUCACUUGGGAAGAGCGCUUCGACGCGAACCGGACCUUCCAAAAGGCACGUGCAAAAGUGCUGGACAUCGAACCAUUCCUAUACUCGAAGCCUACAAAAGGACUGCCCAUGGGUCUCCUUCCUCAAGAAAACGGUCACCUCCAAGGUUCUGCACAUGGGUUAGAAGUGAGGGGAGAGGUUGAUGAUGGGUAUGUAAGGAAUGCAUUCAACCUUCCGUCCAUCUCUCAUCCACUUGGCGAGAAUGGCGCAAUUGGUAGUGCAUUACUUCGCGAUGAACAAGAGAGGAAGAAGAUAGAAGAACAGAAGAUAAGAGAGGCUGAGGAGCUUGAGGAGAGAGAGAGGAGAAAGCGUGGAGAGGUCAAGGUCAAGAGACCAAACUACAACGCGCCCAUGUUCAAUUGCGCCACAGGUCGGCCAUCGACCGAUGCGUACGGACAGUACACGAGAAACAUUCCAGUAGGCGCAGCGAGGCUAGGAGGUGGUACAAAUUACGCAGGCUUGAUCAGGAAGAGUAGGCCGUGGCCGCGUGAGCGAGAUGAGUAGGCUUGGUGGGCGGAGGGUGAGAUAAGCCUUGGAAAGUGUACAACGGGGAUAUCUGGAUGAUGGUUACGACGCUUUUUGGCGUUGGUCAGUGAAAUUCGUCGACCUUGAUGAAUCAUGCAAGCAGGGCUUGAGAUGGCUGAUUUGAUCUUUUUCUCUUCAUACAUCGAUCCAACUUGGACAUACAUUUCUACACACUGCACCUUUCACGCUGUUCUAAAGUCGUAUCUUCGAGGAUAGCAAGGUCGAAGUUGAAGGGCUAGCUAUAUUUCAUUAACUGACUUUUGCGAAAGUCGACUUCUUUCCCUUUCUCUAGUGUGCGUGAUGAAGCGGUUGAGGCUCUGCGGGAGGCAUACUCCAACUUAGCCGCAGGUACCGCAGGCUCUUCUCUAGUUUUCUUUCUUUCUUAUCUUGUGUUUCUUAGCCGUAUAGUUCGUUUCAACACGAGAAUUGGGUGUAUCUCGCA